AUGGCACAAAACUCAUCAGGAAAUGCGUACGUGCUGGGUGUGGGGUUGACCCAGUUCCUCAAGCCACGUCGCACGCGUGAAUAUCCCGAGUUGGGUUAUGAAGCAGGAGUGAAGGCGAUGUUGGAUGCGAAGAUUGAUUAUGACUCUGUCGAAGCGGGAAUUGCCUGCUAUUGCUAUGGAGAUACUACUUCUGGACAAAGGAUCUUCUACCAAUUUGGCAUGACUGGAAUCGAGAUCUACAAUGUGAACAAUGCCUGUGCGACCGGUUCAACAGGCUUGCAUCUUGCGCGGAAGAUGGUCAAAGGUGGCCUCGCAGAUUGCGUUCUGGUGAUCGGCUUCGAGCAGAUGCGCCCAGGUUCCAUCAAGAGCGUAUGGGAUGAUCGUCCUAGUCCGCUUGGCCCUUCUACAAAAAUGAUGGAGGAUGAAUUCGGCAAACAUGACUCACCUCGAAACGCGCAAUAUUUUGGAAACGCUGGACAGGAAUACAUGUCAAGGUAUGGCGCCAAGGCCGAGGACUUUGCGGAAAUCGCCCGAAUCUCCCAUGAGCACUCACAGAAGAAUCCAUACGCUCAAUUCCGGACUGCCUACUCCCUUGAUGAGAUCGUCAACUCCACACCAGUGUAUGGCCCCCUUACCAAGCUUCAAUGCUCUCCGACUAGUGACGGCGCAGCUGCAGCUGUGAUAGUCUCCCAAAAGUUCCUCGACGCACGUCCACAUCUGCGCUCCCAAGCAAUCUUGAUGGCAGGCCAAAAGAUGCUUACUGAUGGGCCGGAGGUAUACUCUCGAAGCGCCAUUGAUCUUGUCGGGUUCAACAUGUCCCGCGAUGCUGCCAAGUUAGCCAUGCAGGAGGCUCAGGUUCAAACUCAAGAUAUUAAAGUCUGCGAGCUCCACGAUUGCUUUUCUACGAAUGAAAUGCUAUUGCUUGAUGGGCUUGGCUUUUCGGAACCUGGGAAGGCACACGAGAUGGUCCGCCGUGGAGAUAUUACAUAUGGCGGCCGGGGCCCUGUCAUUAAUCCAUCCGGUGGGUUAAUAUCCAAAGGACAUCCGCUUGGAGCUACAGGAUUAGCACAGUGUGCCGAGCUUACUUGGCAACUUCGAGGUUGGGCGAAUAACCGAUUCGUUGAAGGGGCGGAUGUCGCAUUGCAGCAUAACCUGGGACUGGGUGGAGCAGUGGUUGUGACCGUUUACAAACGGGCAGAUGGCCAGAAAGGUCGAGCAGUUUCCGAUGUUGAAGUUGCAAAGGCAUCUGGUGUUGGCUAUAAUCCCGCCGUAGAGGCCCGAUAUGUGACCCCACAAGAUGGAGAGCGUGUGCGAAGCAAAACCAAGCGCCACGAUUAUGUCCUGCAUGAGACCGUAGGGAAGCUGUCGUCACGGAUUUGA